AUGGCUCGUGAGACGUUUCGACCAGGGGCCACCUCACCUUCGCCCCUCUCGUCACCCACGCCAUCCACGGUGGCUGCUUCCGCUGUGCGAAAGGACACAUCUUUACCUUUCGCGCCAUCGCCCGCCUUCCGUGACGUCGCAUCUCCGAUGAGCGCUUCGCACGCCUCGCUCAGCACGAACCCUGUACACGCUACACUCUCACCACGUCCCAUGUCGCCUGCGGCGUAUCGCAUCGACCAUAGUCUUGCGAGUCAUGCGCAGGUGCCAUCCUCCAUUGCAUGCAUGCAAGUGAACACCGGCGCUUCAUCUGCCAAGGGAAGUAACAAUCAACACAAUCCAGCUUCUGCCAACUCGCAGCAGUCAUCUUGGUCAACUUCCUCAGCAACACCGAGCGCAGACAAGGUCACGGAGCGUGCCUUCUAUCGCCGCAUCCUUUUUCAGGACCUACCGACCUCGACCGAAGCGCCCAGCAUCACCCAUGACGUCGACCUCGAUCACGAGGUCCUCCUUUUGCUGGCUUACCUCCUGCGCGAGACUGUACUGCCAUGGUAUAGCAAGCUCACACCGGAUCGAGAGUUCCUAACCCAGGUAACAUCGAUCAUUACUUCUAUCAUUCACACCAUUGUGCAACGCCAAACGUCGCUGCCGAAAGCUGCUUCAGCAAAUGAAAGCGACAUCAACGCGCCUAGGAUUGCGGCGGAGCUGUCCCGGAUUCACGACUUGCUCUCUCGCGACAUUCCACUCAUUCUUCGACAGCAUUGCUCGGAUUUCAGACAGGCUCAGAGCAAAGCGGACAGCGUAUGGGCACCUUUGGGUACUCAACAAUCCUCUUUGGCCACGUCCACCGGUGUCUCUAUUGCUGAGCAGGAAGAACAGCGGCGUCAGCAAGUUUGCGAGCAGCUGCCACCAGAAUACCGAGAUGCAUUACUAACGACGUCGACCACCGAGCAAGCAGCUUCGCCGUUGCGAAUCGCACAACUCUUCCAUGCCGCCUCGCCGCAUCCAGGUCUUAAUCCGGUCACCGGCUCACUAGAUGGCAAGAUAGAUCUGGCAUAUCUACGAAUCGCUGUGCUCAAUCUGCUCUCCUCACUGCUCCCCGCCGACGAGUUCGCUCCAGAUACGGAAAAGUUCAUCGUGCGAGAUGUUCUAGUGACAGUGCUCAGAGGUGCGCUUGCUCGCUCUUUCCGGCCUUGGUUCUUUGUACAGAGCAUCCACAAGGUGUUGGAUGCUGCUGGCUGGCCGAGUAAUCCCAAUCUUCCAUCUGCUCUGGUACCAGACGGAGAGGAGGACGAAAAGUUGGCCACGGCGGACAAGUCGCCUCCGAGCGCGGACCUGCUUUCGGCGGCAGUUGGACUGCUUGCUUGGCUGCCGGCAAUCAUUAUCAAGGUGUGGACGCUGAUCGUCUUCACCGCGCUGCCAUUCCUGGUGCAUGCUUAUCUGGAUAUCUUCAAUGUGCAGCGUGCUGCGACUCGUAGAAAGCGACAGCAGCUGCAGCAGAAGGAAGAACGCAUGGCAAAUCAUGAACGCUCCUCGUCUAGCAAAGGUACUUUCCCGUCCUCGAUGUCGAUGGGCAGCCUGUACGAACGCAAGAUGCAUGGUCGCUUCCCAUCUCGCAAGUUCCAGUUCAGUCACGACGACACAAUCACUGCACAAGGCCGCUCUUUGACCAUUGACGGCAAGCUGACAUUACCGCAAGCUGACUUGGCGAGAGCGCAGAGUAACACCGGAGCUGGAGGCACAGAGCUUAACAAUGACGACGUAUCGGAUGAGGAGGAUCUGGCUCGAGACUAUGUUGGCAACUGGCUUGAUGCAGUGGAAGAGUUGCUCCAGGCAAGCUCUCACCUGGUAUUGCGAGUCACGUUCGGCUUUGCAAGGACGAUACUUGGGACGACGGGACUGGACGAGUCAAUCAAUCGAAUGGCAGUACGCAAGAUCAAUUCGGAGCUGAGGGAUACGCAGAAGCUUGCCAAGAUGGUGCGUGAGCUUCGUAGGAUCUUGCUACCCGAUGGUCACCUACCACCUUCGGUACCUGAUCCCGACACAGAGAUGCAGGAAGCCGAAUGGAUUCGCUUGCGGACUCGACUAGUUUGUGGAUCUGCGCGUCCUCCUGCAUGGGCGAGCGGAACGACUCAGAACAGCGAAGAUGCAAUGGUUCCAUGGCUUGUCAAGAAGAUACUGUUGGGAUGCGCCGAUGUUGGCAUGCGUAGGGGCGAUCGGGCUUGGCGUGUGCAAGAUACCCGGAUUCAGCUGCAGCGACUCACGAGCUGGCUAGAGCCGUUCUGUUCUCCUCAAGCUGCCGGACCCAACACACUGCUGGCCAUUUUGCUCUUUGAGCGAGUUGUAGUCGCGCUGAGUCCUGAUCUCAUGCUGGCAUAG